AUGGGGGUUGAUAAAUCAAUCACAACCAAUAUCGAUGUUGAAAAAUUAUCAUUAGAUGAAAAUGAAUCAACUACAAGUUCAAAUGAUUUUAAAGCUAAAAUAAAUAUUGAAAAACAUGGUAUUACAAAAAGAGGUCUAAAUGCAAGACAUGUAAAUUUAAUGAUUAUUUCACAAUCUGUUGGAUCUGGAUUAUUUAUAUCUAUAAAAACACCUUUAGUAACUAGUGGAAGUUUAGGGUUUUUUAUAGCUUUUGCCAUAUGGGCAUUUUUAGUAGUUUAUCCGCUUAUGCAAGCAGUUGGGAUUUUAUGUUGUUGGUUACCAAUAAAGGGAAGUUUUGUUCAUUUUAGUGGACGUUAUGUUGAUACAUCUUUAGGAUUUGCUACAUCAAUUAUUUAUAUAUAUACAACAAUGAUGUUUGUUUGUUUGGAAGCUACAGCAGUUGCUCAAUGUAUAAGUUAUUGGACAAAUUUAAAUCCUGGAGUUUGGAUUACUAUAUGUAUUGUAUUAUAUGUAUUAAUGGGUCUUGUUGGAGUUAAUUAUUAUGGAGAAAUUGAAUUUUUUACUGGAAUAAUGAAAAUUUUUUUAAUUGUUGGAUUAAUGUUAUUUUCUUUAAUUUCAAUGUGUGGAGGCAAUCCAAAGGGAGAUGCUUAUGGUUUUAAGAACUGGCAUCCUUUAUUUAAACCUUAUUUAGUUGAAGGAAAUACUGGGAAAUUUUUAGCAUUUUGGAAUUCUUUACUUUGGGCAGCUUUUGCUGCUGGUGGUGCUGAUAAUUUAGCAUUAAUUGCUGGUGAAGUUAUUAAUCCACGCAAGAAUAUUGCAAUGGCUGCUAAAAGAAGUUAUAUUAGAAUUUAUUUAUUUUAUAUUGGUGGGAUUUUUUUUUUAAAUUCUUUAAUAUCUGCAAAUAGUCCAUUAUUACUUGAUGCUAUUAAAAAUGGAGGUGAAGGAGCUGCUGGAUCUCCUUGGGUUAUUGGUAUUAAAUCUGUUGGAGUUAAAGGUUUGGAUUCAUUAAUUAAUGCAUUAAUUAUGAGUUCUGCUUUUUCAUGUGGUAAUGCAUUUUUUUAUUGUUCAACAAGAUCAAUAUAUUCAGCUGCAAUUGCAGGUUAUUUACCUAGAUUUUUUGGUAAAUGUUUAAAAAAUGGAGCACCAGUAUAUUGUGUAAUGUUAACAUUUGCAGUUUCACUAUUAAGUUAUUUAAAUGUAUCAAAUUCUGGAGUGGUUGUAUUUAAUUGGUUUGUUAAUUUAUGUGCUACUGGAUUAAUUUGUGCUUAUCUUUGUAUAUUUUGGAGUUAUUUUAAUUUUAGAAAAGCUUGGGAAAAACAAAAUAAUUUAAAAAUGAAACAUCCACAAUAUCCAUAUUAUUUAGGUCCUAAAUUUUUACAUCCAAUUUUAACAUAUACUGGAUUAAUAAUCACUAUUUUGGUUUUAUUUUUCAAUGGAUUUUGGAUUUUUUUCCCAGGAAAUUUUAAUGCUUCUAAUUUUUUAACUAGUUAUUUUGCUCCAAUCUUUUUGGUUUGUUUGUUUUUGUUUUGGAAAAUCCUCAAGAGAACUAAAUUUAAAACUAGUUUAACUGCUGAUAUAACUACUGAUAAAAAGGAAAUUGAUGAAGAAGAAGAAGCUGAAUUACAAGAAUUGGAAAAUAUACCAAAAAGUAAUAAUAAAUUUAUGAAUUUUUUUGCAAAAAUUAAUACUUUUUUAUUUGAUUAG